AUGCCUCACCACCACGAUGAAGGAUGCGGUCAUGGCAGCGACGAAGGAUGUGCCUACGAUGCUAUGCCCAACGAUAAUCUUUAUGCAUACAUCGACCGUCCCAAUGUCGUCGCGCUCAACGCCGAUCAUCAAGGUUCUGUCGUUAUAAAAGCAUGGAAUAACAGACUUGACGAAUCAGAGUAUCUGGAGUCGGAUUCAGACGACCAGUUGAUUAUUCGUAUCCCGUUCACAGGCUCUGUCCGACUUCGGUCCUUGCUGAUCAAGUCAGGGCCCCUCAAUCAGACACCCGAAAAAAUAGCAUUGUUCGCGAACCAGCCCAGCCUCGAUUUUGACGACGUUGCCGACAAAACCCCCACUCAGGAAUUCGAAAUUGCUCAAAGCAGGGAUGUUGGUGAAUACUCCCUCAAGACUGCAAAGUUUUCGAAUGUAUCAUCUCUAACACUAUAUUGUCCUGCCUCCCAAGGGGCGGAUGCUACCAAAAUCUACUACGUUGGUUUUCUUGGGCACUGGAGCGAGCGCAAAGAUAACCCCGUGAUCACCGUGUACGAGACCCAAGCGAAUCUCGCCGACCACGAGAAAAUUCAAGGAAUGGAUGGUACGUUCAGCGCUCCCCAACAUUAG